AUCAGCCAAAAUGGAUAAGGCCAUUGCACGCGCGGUGAACGAAAAGAAGCCGGUCCCGGAGAUCGACUUCACGUUGCACACCAUGGAGGACAGCACGCAGGUCUCAACAAUGGAGCGAGUGGUCAAAGAGGUCCAAGCGCCCGCCUUAAGCACUCCCCCAGAUGAUAUGUUUUGGUCCCCCGAGGAUCCCUCCAAGCCCAACCUCCAGUACCUCAAGCAGCACCUCUACCGCGAAGGUCGUCUCUCCGAAGAACAGGCGCUAUGGAUUAUUCAUGCCGGUACCCAGGUUCUGCGAUCAGAGCCCAACCUGCUCGAAAUGGAUGCGCCCAUUACAGUGUGUGGCGAUGUUCACGGUCAAUACUACGAUCUGAUGAAGCUGUUCGAGGUCGGCGGUGACCCUUCGGAGACAAGAUAUCUGUUUUUGGGCGAUUACGUCGAUCGAGGUUAUUUCAGUAUCGAGUGUGUGCUGUACCUUUGGGCAUUGAAGAUCUGGUAUCCCGAUUCGCUUUGGCUUCUGCGGGGUAACCACGAAUGUCGUCACCUUACGGAUUACUUCACUUUCAAGUUGGAGUGCAAGCACAAGUAUAGUGAGCGCAUUUAUGAGGCAUGCAUUGAGUCCUUCUGUUCGCUGCCGCUGGCGGCUGUUAUGAACAAGCAGUUCCUCUGUAUUCACGGUGGUCUCAGCCCAGAGCUCCACACUCUUGAGGACAUCAAGUCCAUCGAUCGAUUCCGGGAACCCCCGACCCACGGACUUAUGUGUGAUAUCCUCUGGGCCGACCCUCUGGAGGAAUUCGGCCAAGAAAAAACAGGCGAUUUCUUUAUUCACAACAGUGUUCGCGGAUGCUCCUAUUUCUUCUCUUAUCCAGCUGCAUGUGCGUUCUUGGAGAAGAACAACCUGCUUUCUAUUAUCAGAGCCCACGAGGCUCAGGAUGCCGGAUACCGCAUGUACCGGAAGACACGCACCACUGGUUUCCCCAGUGUUAUGACUAUCUUCAGUGCUCCUAACUACCUGGACGUAUACAACAACAAGGCGGCCGUCCUCAAAUAUGAGAACAAUGUGAUGAACAUUCGCCAAUUCAACUGCACCCCUCACCCAUACUGGCUUCCUAACUUCAUGGAUGUUUUCACCUGGUCUUUGCCGUUCGUUGGUGAGAAGAUUACCGACAUGCUCAUUGCCAUUCUCAACACCUGCUCGAAGGAGGAAUUGGAGGACGAUACUCCCACCUCCGAAGAAAGCACCCCAAUCACCUCUCCCGCAUCAAACGACCCCGAAUCCAGCGAGUUCAAGAGACGCGCUAUUAAAAACAAGAUUCUUGCCAUUGGCCGUCUCUCUCGUGUCUUCCAGGUUCUUCGUGAACAAUCCGAGAGUGUUACUGAGCUGAAGACGGCGGCUGGCGGUCGUCUUCCCGCUGGAACUCUCAUGCUUGGUGCGGAAGGUAUCAAGCAGGCCAUCCACAACUUCGAGGAUGCCCGUAAGGUUGAUAUUCAGAACGAGCGCUUGCCACCUAGCCAGGAAGAAGUCUUCCAGAAGAGCGAGGAGAGCCGCCGUGUGGCUUUGGAGCGUGCUGAGCAUGAGGCUGCCAACGAUGCUGGACUGGCUACUGUCGCCCGGCGAAUCAGCAUGUCUGCUGGCUCCCGUCCUGCUCGUCGCCCACGGGAUCCUCCCAAGGAUGCCUGA